UGAGUGUCUGUCUAAGCCAUCGGCCCGGCACCGAGGGCCCAGCGCACAGCACACAUCCUAAACACCCGGACGGGAGCGCAACCAUGGACGACUACGGGACCGAAUCCGAUAGCGACUACACGAGCUACUGGAGGGACUGGUUCAUCUCGUCUCGCGGCAACGAAUACUUUUGCGAGAUCGACGAAGAAUACCUGACGGACCGCUUCAACCUGACGGGGCUGAACACCGAGGUUCCCUACUACCAGUAUGCUCUGGACCUGGUCACGGACGUGUUCGAUCUCGACUGCGACGAUGAGAUGCGGGAGACGAUUGAAAAGUCGGCAAGGCAUCUUUACGGUCUCGUCCAUGCCCGCUAUAUUGUAACGACUAGGGGUUUGACGAAGAUGCUCGAGAAAUACAAAAAAGCCGACUUUGGCAAGUGCCCGCGGGUGAUGUGCAACUCGCAUCCGCUGUUGCCCAUGGGGCUGUCCGACAUACCCAACCUCAAACCCGUCAAACUGUACUGCGCGCGGUGCGAGGACCUGUACAACCCGAAAUCCUCGCGGCACGCGUCCAUCGACGGCGCCUACUUUGGCACCUCGUUCCACAACAUCCUGUUCCAGGUCUACCCGGGGCUGAUCCCGCCAAAAUCGAGCGAGCGCUACGUGCCGCGCGUCUACGGCUUCAAGGUGCACGCCGCCGCGGCGCUGGUGCGCUGGCAAAACGGCCAGCGCGACGACCUCCGCCGCCGCCUCCGCAAGAUGGAGGUCGAGAGCGGCUUCAAGGACGGCGAAGACGACGAGCUCGAGGGCGAGGAUGAUGAUGAUGAUUUCGAUGAUGAUGAUGAUAAUGGCGGCCUCCAGAUGCAAACCCAUCAACACCACCAGCAGCAGAAUAUGGCUGAGUAUGGCAGGGGAGGAGACGGCACGGUGCCGCCGUCUGGGUUUUCCGGAGAGGCGCAGAUGGGAAGCGUUGCCUGAUCCAGCCGGGGUUGGGUCGGUUGGUCUCUCUCUGGGUAGGCGCCAGAUGGUAUCCUCAGUGUCAUACUGCUGUUGAAAGGGGGCGCUACGCAGUUGCGCUGUUGUGUUGUUCUGUCAUGUUCUGUCCAUGUUGGCCUUCACACGAUAUCAGGGUCAGAAAAAAUCACUUGCAGGUUGGGGCGUUUGCACUUUUCCUCGUUUUGGGUUGGCGUUUAUCAAGGCGAAAGGGGGUCGGAAAGGGGGCGGGAUGGAGGUAUGGUG